AACCGGCGACGAUUGCCGGAACUAAAACCUCCCACCACCGGUCAUUACAUAACUACGAAACGAGCAAACGAACAAAAACCUAGAUGAAGUUUACAAGGAACGGGAAAACACCGCUCGGUUCCUAACAUGGUGUCUUUCCUUUGCAAUGCCCUCUCUCAAACCCACCAACUACAAUCAAAUUCAACGUUCUUGUGUGAUUCAAUCGCUACUCAAAUUAUGUUCUGAAGGACUGCUCACGGAAGCAGUGAAAUCCCUUAACAAUUUAGCAAGUAAAGGCCUGCGAUUGGACACGAGAUCUCUAGCUUUUCUCUUGCAAGCGUGUUCGAAAUACAGAUCGCUUAAAGAAGGAAAAUGGGUUCAUGUGCAUAUGAAUUAUACGGGUAGGAAAAGACCCGGUACGUUCUUGUCGAAUCAAUUGAUUUAUAUGUAUUCGGAAUGUGGGGACUGGGUUGGUGCACGGAGGGUGUUUGAUAAAAUGUCCCUUAGAAAUUUGUAUUCUUGGAACAACAUGCUUUCUGGGUAUGCUAAGUUAAGGAUGAUGAAGCCAGCUCGGAGCUUGUUUGAUCAAAUGCAAGAGAAAGAUGUCGUUUCUUGGAAUACAAUGGUUAUCGGUUAUGCACAAGAUGGGAACUGUGGUGAAGCAUUGAAGUUAUAUAAAGAGUUGACGAUGUUGAACAUCAGGUUAAAUGAAUUCAGUUUUUCUGGAGUUUUGACCGUUUGUGUGAAAACAAAAGAAUUGGGACUCACAAGACAAGUUCAUUGUCAGGUGUUUGGUAUUGGUUUCUUGUCGAACUUGGUACUUUGUAGUUCGAUGAUCGAUUGUUAUGCAAAAUGUGGGGAGAUGAGUGAUGCUAGAAAGUUGUUUGAUGAAAUGCCUAAAAGGGAUGUUCUUGCUUGGACCACUAUGGUUUCGGGAUAUGCAAAAUGGGGCGACAUGGAAUUGGCCAGGGGGUUGUUUGAUGACAUGCCAGAAAAGAAUCCCGUAUCUUGGACUUCACUAAUUUCUGGCUAUUCAAGAAACUCAUCUGGCCAUGAGGCCCUCGAGUUGUUCACAGAUAUGAUGGCUCGUGGGGUUAAACCAAAUCAGUUCACUUUCAGCAGUGCUUUAUGUGCUUGUGCUAGCGUUGCUUCAAUCAAGAACGGUAAGCAAAUCCAUGCAUUUUUAAUUAGAACAUGUUUCACACCAAACGCUAUAGUAGUUAGCUCUCUCAUCGACAUGUAUUCUAAGUGCGGAGAUCUUGGACUUGGGCUGCUAGUUUUCAAACUUAUGGGAAGUAAGCAUCAUGACACAAUACUAUGGAACACCAUGAUAUCUGCCAUGGCUCAACAUGGCCAUGGAGAAGCAGCAAUUGAGCUGUUCUCCAACAUGGUGAGAGCAAAAGUAAAACCAGAUAGGAUUACAUUCGUUAUAAUUCUAAAUGCAUGUAGUCAUUCGGGACUUGUGCAGGAGGGGCGACACUUCUUCAACACGCUGAUGCAUGAACAUAAUAUUGUUCCUGAUCACGAACAUUAUGCAUGCUUAAUUGAUCUUUUGGGGAGAGCAGGAUGUUUUGAUGAAAUGGUAAAUGAGCUGAAAAAGAUGCCAUUUAAACCUGAUGCUCGUGUCUGGAAAGCAUUACUAGGGGUUUGUAGGAUUCAUGGAAACAUAGAAUUAGGAAGAAAAGUUGCUCAACGUUUUAUUGAGUUGGAACCUCGAUCUUCUGUAGGGUAUGUGUUGCUUGCAGGUAUAUAUGCAGCAUCCGGGAGAUGGGAAUCUGUGGCAAAAGUGAGAAAGAUUAUGAACAAAAGAGAUGUGAGGAAAGAACGAGGUGUUAGUUGGUUAGAAAACGAGAACAAGUUGCAUUCUUUCAUGGUAUCAGACAAGUCUCACACUUCAAAUGACGAAAUUGAGUCGGUUUUGGAGAUUUUAGCGACUCAAAUGGAAGAUGAUGAUGACUCCUUUCCUGAUUCUUGAAGGUAAGUGCUUAUCGACAAAGACUCACCAUCCUCACUUAUUUUAUCGGGUAACAUUCUCGGUCAUCGAAAUGGAUUGUUGGCAAGCGUCUCUCACCCGGUAAGCGCUUAUCGACAAAGAGUCACCAUCCUCACUUAUUUUAUCAGGUAACAUUCUCGGUCAUCGAAAUGGAUUGUUGGCAAGCGUCUCUUACCCGGUAAGCGCUAACCGGAUAAGAGUCUUCUCCCUCACAUACCGGGUAAGAUUCUCAAUCCUGGCUAUGCCUCCUACCGUGUAAGUUUCUCUGUACUUGCUAUGCUCACUCGGUAAUGUAAGUGACACCAGGUAAGCGUUUGGUAAACAACUCCUUAGUUUUGUGUAUCCGACGUUGCUAGGUCGGU